CCUUCGCCUUGACAAUCCGCCACCUCAACGACUGGAGAGCUGUCAAGAAUGCCGUCGGCCUCUUCAUCCGGCAAGGUCAUUUCAUACACCGCAAAGACGGCCCGCAAGACACAGCAGAACCUCCCGAUUAAGAGGCGUUACAUUCGACGCAAGGCCCCCACGCUAUUUCCCUCUUCCACCGAUAUCCAGACCACUCUGACCCAAUGCGACUUUGGGGUGCCGAGCAGCAACAGCAGAGAGGACUCUGAUAUCCCCAGCGAUGACGAGCUCGAGAGUUCGAGACCCAAGAAGCGGGCCAAGACGAGAGCCAAGUUUGGAAAGAGAGAGGCGGAUCAAUCUACCAUGACCCAGUUCGAUCGCGGACUCCUGCCACAAUUGCUGAGAAGAUCGAGGUCGGCUGGAGUCGGUAGUGGCAAGAUGGAAGUGUGGGAAGACGAUGACUUUGCAUGGUGGGGAAGCGAAGUUGACCGUGGCCCACAACAGACUACUGCCUUCCUUGAUGGAGCCAACGAAGAGACGGACCACGCCGAUCAGCUGGCAUCAGAGAUACUUGAGACGUCUCCAACACGCAUCGAGUCAUCGCAAUGGGACGAAUUGGGGCCUGAGAGGCGGCCAUCUGGAGCGCCAACCGAGCUGCACACGCCACGCAAAGUACGCUUCACGAGGGAGGUGCCGUCUUCUCAGACCCCUCCCAGCGCCAAAUCGUCCGCCCCAAUGUCUACUCCUCGCCGAGUUUGGCAGACAUCGCCACUGAAAGAGCGCAGCGCGAACAUUGCAGCUCGCGUGACCAAGAGUGUCAGUCCAGAGUCGCAGAACACGACUAUGAAGAUUCUCGAACGGAUUAGAUUCAGAUCACGCAAUGGCCCGGUGACGGGUGGAAUAGUCACAAAGCCUUCGCCGCAGAGAGUGCCCUCAUCUCAGGAGCGUGUGGAAGCGUCUUGCUCCCCGUCCCCGCUACGCCCAGCCAGGACAUUGCAUCGUGUCACGACAAUACAGGACUCCCAGCUGGACGAGGACAGUAGCCUGGAAGUAACGUACAGUCACCACACAAGCAAACCAACUCCAAAGAUGACACGCACAGUGACUGUUCAAGACUCGCAGGCCGAAGACUUGGACCUCGAUGACCUCGACGAUAUCAACGAAGCCCACCUCACUCACAAAUGGAACUCUUACGAAGACGCGCAUACCGCGUCGGACGAUCUAGGCCCGGCGACUUAUGACCCGGCAUACUCUGCGCUGGACCGUGAUGCGGCGAGAUUCGGGCAGACACAAGCAACUCAGCUCCUCUCUGACCGUUUCAAAGACGGCAUCGAGGACAGCGAGACAGAGGACGACGACCUCGACGCCAUAUACGUGCCUCGGGAAACACGGCCUCAAGCAGGAGAUUCGACGAAUGCGGAGGAUGCGUCCGCCUCGCAAUCCAACGAUACACCAAGACCGAAGGAAGCACCGGCGCCUAUGCCUCACACUACCGCAGAUGCCAGCGCUGCAAUCGAUUCCCAACCACUGGCGAGAAGGUCCGAACCCCACCUCCCCUCCUCCCCACCAGCCCUCCGCCCCUCCCAAGUGAGCACCGUAGUCCCCUCGCAAUUCACGCCCAUCCAACCACGCCCCAAACGCAAACACGAUCUCAUCUCAUCCCCACCAGCAAAGGAGUCCACGUUCCCUCCCACCUCACCUCCAGCAUCGUCAGCGCUACGAUGCAGCCCGCAGAGUUCCCCCUUCCUCUUGCCGCCUGCGCUUACAAGCUCGGCGCAAAAGGUGCAGGAUGACGAGGACUGCGACGAGAUUCCAACGCAGGCACCCGCAGCUGUGAGGCGCUUUGAGCUGGAGAGUUUGGUGGAUUUCAGUUUGCCGCCUCCGCCGCCACUGUCUAGUUCUAAUCGGAGUUGGGCGUGAGAUGUGGGACUCGAUGUGAGGCGGACAGGGAUCAGCAGAGUGGAUGACAACGAUACGACGAGGACAGCACUUGUGCGUUAGCAAGUCUGGAUGGUAAUGAAUCGAUGACUGUUUCAAAA